AUGAAUAGCUUCAAACGAGCAAGCGAUUUCAAUGCGGAGCUGGUCAUCGGACCGAUCCAAGUCUGUGGAAUGUUGAGCGCGGCGUUAUUUGGCUGCCUUGGCUGCCAGUCCUACUUGUAUUUUGUAAGAUUCAGCGACGAUCAUCUCGCCCUGAAAGCAACUGUAAGUCCAUCAACUAUCAAACUCAUCCUGGGCCACUUUGUUUGUGUAAUAUCGAUGUUGUGGACAAUGACUGUCAGCACCUAUGGUGACCCAUCUCAACUUGCGGUGCUUCCUAUAGCGAUAAACGUCGCCGUUCCGUUGGGCGGUUUAACAAUUGUCAUUGUGCAGUCAUUCUACGCUUUUCGACUUUGGAAGUUGACUAGAAAUGUCUUCUUGCCCAUUUUUUGUCAAAUGCUCUCCGUGAUUGCACAAACUUCCACGUGCGUUCUCGCAGCAAAGGCAAUUUCCGCGACGAACAUCGCGGAUUUUCAAUUGCUGCUGAUUGGGCUCACUUUCACUGCACGUGCAGCCUGUGACUUGAUCACCACUGCUGGAAUCGCCUGGGGUUUGAAGAAGCGACGAGACCCUGAGAAUGAAGAGUAUGGCUAUCUAUCAUUUUGCCCGAAGUUGCUGUUUCUUACGUCGACCAUAGCACGGUUACGAUUAUCAACCGGUUGA